AGAGUCGUGGUGCGUUGCCCAGGCUGCAGUGCAGUGUCACAAUCUCGGCUCACUGCAAACUUCGCUUUCCAGGUUCAAGGGAUUCUCCUGCCUCAGCCUCCCAAGUAGCUGGGAUUACAGGCGCCUGCUAUCAUGUCUGGCUAAUUUUUGUAUUUUUAGUUGAGACAGGGUUUCACCAUGUUGGCCAGGCUGGUCUCGAACUCCUGACCUCAGGUGAUCUGCCCGCCUCGGCCUCCCCAAGUGCUGGGAUUGCAGGCAUGAGUCACUGUGCCACCACGCAGGGCCAAGAUAAACUCUUAUAUGUAUAGUUGCAAUAUCGUUAGGUAUCCUGACCUUCCCCCUGCGGAGGUCAUUAUAAUUUACAUUUACAUUUUCAUUGUGACUGCUAGUCUACACUUCUACCAACACUGUGAUUAUCAAACUUUCUAAUCUUUGACAAUCUGAUAAGUGAAAAAAUGGUUUCUCAAUACAGUUGCAAUUUGCAUUUUCUCAUGGAGGAAAAAAAAUUGAGCCACCUUUUUUUUUUUUUUUUAGAAUAAAGAGCCACAAAGUUCUGUGAGUUAUUAUUUUAUCCUUAAUAUUGCUCCUGGAGUCUGUAGCAGGUCAGCAUCAGAGUUCAGAGAUCAGGAACAUGGCAACAUGCCCAGAACCAAGAUGAAAAGAAAAGCCAAUAGGCCCCAUUUCAUGAAUAUUUGCCUUGAGGAGUCCCUGAAGAUGUCCCUAGAAGUUAACUUCUGUUUUUAUGUGGAGACAAUUAGAGGCUAAGUUUCAGAUUCCCCAAUACCUGCAUAAGUAGCUCUAAUUACUUAGCAGAGCAUUGUAUUUUUCCCCCUUCAAACCACCUGACACAAAAAUGAAGUAAAACAGGUUCUAUAUUUAUAGAUAUAACUAAGCCAUACAAUAGGAUUGUGGGGUUUAGACCAAAUCAUCUAGGUCACAUCAGGGUUAUAAAGAUUAAAUGAUAUGUUUCACACAAGAACUAUUCUGCUUAGGGAUGGAGGCUUGUUGCUAAUUAGCAAAAUUGCCUCGUGACUUGCGGAAACUAUGUCAGCGUUUUGUUUUGUUUUUGUGUGCUUUUUCAGAGGGAGACUCAUCUGGUGGUGUUAAAUACUAUAUCUAUUUAAAAUUAAUCACCUGCCUUUCCUAACAACACGGAUCAUGCUAGUUGCAUCUAUCUUUACAACAGGGAUUUCUGAAGCAAAUGAGAGGUGUCAUUAUGUAAUGGAAUUAAAAAAGAAGAUUAGGAGUUAGGCUGGCUGGGUUUGCACUAGCCCUCACUGGCUGUGUGACCUUGUGCUAGUCACUUGACCUUUCUGAGCUUCAAUUCCUCAUUUGAAUAAUGGAGAUAAUCUGACCUAUAUACCCCUGGGUUUUGUAGUCAGGAAAUAAUGGAUCAUUGUACAUAUGAAAAGUCUUUACAACUAUCAGUGACAAGACAUCUGUCAGUUAUUCUAAUAUUCAUGGUAUAGAAAACUGUGAAAUACAGAGUCCUUACGUCUAUUCUCCAAAAAAGUUCACUUCACUUUAAAAGCUUUUAGCAAACCACAAUCCAGGUAAUUAAAAAGGAAAUAUUAAAAUUUUGUUCUCAGGUUGUCUGACAUUUCAUGGUUCAGCAAUGUGACAUCUCUCAUAGGCAGAAUAGCAUCUUCGGACAAGUUUUCUAUUAAAAAUAUGCUUUAUAGAAGAAAAUAUUUUAUGGACCUAAGACAGCUGUGGAUGAAAUUUGCUCAGUUUAGCAAACAGCAAGGACUAUGUUUGUGUUUAGAGAAAAGUAGGUCGAGCCUAGUUUAUCUCCCUGGGGUUCUAGACUCCUUUCCACGUUGUAUCUCAAGCUCUAACAGCUGGAAAGCUACUUUCUUUAACCUUUAAUACACACUUGCUAGUAAACUUGCUAGAAGCAUGAAGAUAAUACAGACUGCGAAUCAGCCCUUCUAAGAGACAGUCACGACUCCUUCCUUGCAAGCUUCCGUCCUGAUAAUUCUGCAACCUUCCCACCUUCUAUACGCCCCGCGGUGCGAGGCCCCUCGGCCUGCAGGUGGCCAGAGGCAAGCAGGAGUCAGAUCCCCCACCUACCGCGGCCCGGCCUGGGCCCCAGCGCUGGGUGCGGCGGAACCCCGGGCUCCUGCGGGGACGAGCGUAGUCCCAGGACGCGCGGUGCAGCCAGGUGCGCCGGCGGCAGUGGCAGCCGCGGAGCCCCGCGUCGCACGUGGCAACAGGUGCAGCGCUGUCCCGGGCGGGCGCCGCGGGGCGUGGGGCGCGUCCGCACUUACCCCGGGAGCGCGCGGAGCGUCGGGAUUGGGACCCGAGAGCGCGAGCGGAGGGCGGGAGCGGCCAAGCGGAGUCCAACGCCCCGAGGGAACAACAAAUCAUUUAAUCUUCAGAGCAUCUUAGACUGAAAAACUUUCAACUGUGCUGAAAAACCUAGAAGACAGACCAUUUUGCCCACCCUCUCAUUUAAAAGGAAUUGAAGAAGAAAUAAAAUGGCAGAGGUUUAAGGUUACUAUUCAGGAUGACUGAUGAUAAUUCAGAUGAUAGAAUAGAAGAUGAAUUGCAAACCUUCUUUACCAGUGAUAAAGAUGGAAAUACACAUGCAUACAACCCGAAAUCACCACCUACACAAAACUCUUCAGCCAGCAGUGUGAACUGGAAUUCUGCCAACCCAGAUGACAUGGUGGUUGAUUAUGAAACUGACCCUGCUGUGGUUACUGGUGAAAAUAUUUCUUUAAGCCUUCAGGGUGUUGAAGUAUUUGGUCGUGAAAAGUCUUCUAGUGAUUUCAUUAGUAAGCAGGUGUUAGAUAUGCAUAAAGAUUCCAUUUGUCAGUGUCCUGCACUUGUAGGUACUGAGAAGCCCAAAUAUCUGCAAUACAGUUGUCAUUCCCUAGAAGCAGUUGAGGGCCAGAAUGUUGAGCCAUCUUUGCCUUUUGUGUGGAAGCCUAAUGACAAUUUGAACUGUACAGGCUACUCUGAUGCCUUGGAGCUAAACCAAACAUUUGACAUGACAGUGGAUAAAGUUAACUGCACCUUUAUAUCACAUCAUGCCAUCGGAAAGAGUCAGUCCUUCCAUACUGCUGGAAGCCUGCCACCAACUGGUAGGAGAAGUGGAAGUACAUCUUCUUUAUCCUAUUCCACUUGGACAUCUUCCCAUUCUGAUAAGAUGCAUGCAAGAGAAACGACUUAUGAUAGAGAAAGCUUUGAAAACCCUCAAGUCACACCAUCAGAAGCCCAAGACACGACUUACACAGCAUUUUCUGAUGUGGUGAUGCAAAGUGAGGUUUUUGUUUCAGAUAUUGGAAAUCAGUGUGCAUGUUCUUCAGGAAAGGUCACCAGUGAGUACACAGAUGGAUCACAACAAAGACUAGUUGGAGAAAAAGAGACACAAGCACUAACACCAGUUUCUGAUGGCAUGGAAGUCCCCAAUGAUUCUGCAUUACAAGAGUUCUUUUGUUUAUCCCAUGAUGAAUCCAAUAGCGAACCACAUUCACAGAGCUCAUACAGGCACAAGGAAAUGGGCCAAAAUCUGAGAGAGACAGUGUCCUAUUGUCUUAUUGAUGAUGAAUGCCCUUCAAUAGUGCCAGCUUUUGAUAAAAGCGAAGCUCAAGUGCUGAACCCAGAGCAUAAAGUCACUGAGACUGAAGACACACAAAUGGUCUCCAAAGGAAAGGAUUUGGGAACCCAAAAUCAUACCUCAGAAUUGAUUCUAAGUAGCCCGCCAGGACAGAAGGUGGGCUCGUCAUUUGGACUGACUUGGGAUGCAAAUGAUAUGGUCAUUAGCACAGACAAAACGAUGUGCAUGUCAACACCAGUCCUAGAACCCACAAAAGUAACCUUUUCUGUUUCACCGAUUGAAGCAAUGGAGAAAUGUAAGAAAGUGGAGAAGGGUAAUCGAGGGCUUAAAAACAUACCAAACUCGAAGGAGGCACCUGUGAACCUGUGUAAACCUAGUUUAGGAAAAUCAACAAUCAAAACGAAUACCCCAAUAGGCUGCAAAGUUAGAAAAACUGAAAUUAUAAGUUACCCAAGACCAAACUUCAAGAAUGUCAAAGCGAAAGUUAUGUCUAGACCAGUGUUGCAGCCCAAAGAUGCUGCUUUAUCAAAGGUCACGCCCAGACCUCAGCUGACCAGUGCCUCAUCACCCUCAUCAGUGAUUUCAAGACAACAAACAGUCUUGAGCAGAACACCAAGAUCUGACUUGAAUGCAGACAAAAAAGCAGAAAUUCUAAUUAACAAGACGCAUAAGCAGCAGUUUAAUAAACUCAUUACUAGCCAGGCUGUGCAUGUUACAACUCAUUCUAAAAAUGCUUCACACAGGGUUCCAAGAACAACAUCUGCCGUGAAAUCGAAUCAGGAAGAUGUUGACAAAGCCAGUUCUUCUAACUCAGCAUGCGAGACCGGGUCCGUUUCUGUGUUGUUUCAGAAGAUCAAAGGCAUACUCCCUGUUAAAAUGGAAAGUGCAGAAUGUUUGGAAAUGACCUAUGUUCCCAACAUUGAUAGGAUUAGCCCUGAAAAGAAGGGUGAAAAAGAAAAUGGGACAUCUAUGGAAAAACAAGAGCUGAGACAAGAGAUUAUGAAUGAGACUUUUGAAUAUGGUUCUCUGUUUUUGGGCUCUGCUUCAAAAACAACCACCACCUCAGGUAGGAAUAUAUCCAAGCCUGACUCCUGCGGUUUGAGGCAAAUAGCUGCUCCAAAAGCCAAAGUGGGGCCCCCUGUUUCCUGUUUGAGGCGGAACAGUGACAAUAGAAAUCCCAGUGCUGAUCGAGCGGUAUCUCCUCAGAGGAUCAGGCGUGUGUCCAGUUCUGGAAAGCCUACGUCCUUGAAAACUGCACAGUCGUCAUGGGUGAAUUUGCCUAGACCACUUCCUAAAUCCAAAGCAUCUUUGAUGAAAAGUCCUGCGCUGCGGAGGACAGGAAGCACCCCCUCAAUAGCCAGCACCCACAGUGAGCUGAGCACUUACAGCAACAAUUCUGGUAAUGCCGCUGUCAUCAAAUAUGAGGAGAAACCUCCAAAACCAGCAUUUCAGAAUGGUUCCUCAGGAUCCUUUUAUUUGAAGCCAUUGGUAUCCAGGGCUCAUGUUCACUUGCUGAAAACUCCUCCAAAAGGUCCUUCGAGAAAAAAUUUAUUUACAGCUCUUAAUGCAGUUGAAAAGAGCAGGCAAAAGAAUCCUCGAAGCUUAUGUAUCCAGACACAGACGGCUCCCGAUGCGCUGCCCCCUGAGAAAACACUUGAAUUGACGCAAUAUAAAACAAAAUGUGAAAACCAAAGUGGAUUUAUCCUGCAGCUCAAGCAGCUUCUCGCCUGUGGUAAUACCAAGUUUGAGGCAUUGACAGUUGUGAUUCAGCACCUGCUGUCUGAGCGGGAGGAAGCACUGAAACAACACAAAACCCUAUCUCAAGAACUUGUUAACCUCCGGGGAGAGCUAGUCACUGCUUCAACCACCUGUGAGAAAUUAGAAAAAGCCAGGAAUGAGUUACAAACAGCGUAUGAAGCAUUCGUCCAGCAGCACCAGGCUGAAAAAACAGAACGAGAGAAUCGGCUUAAAGAGUUUUACACCAGGGAGUAUGAAAAGCUUCGGGACACUUACAUUGAAGAAGCAGAGAAGUACAAAAUGCAAUUGCAAGAGCAGUUUGACAACUUAAAUGCUGCCCAUGAAACCUCUAAGUUGGAAAUUGAAGCUAGCCACUCAGAGAAAGUUGAAUUGCUAAAGAAGGCCUAUGAAGCCUCCCUUUCAGAAAUUAAGAAAGGCCAUGAAAUAGAAAAGAAAUCGCUGGAAGAUUUACUUUCUGAGAAACAGGAAUCGCUAGAGAAGCAAAUCAAUGAUCUGAAGAGUGAAAAUGAUGCUUUAAAUGAAAAAUUGAAAUCAGAAGAACAAAAAAGAAAAGCAAGAGAAAAAGCAAAUUUGAAAAAUCCUCAGAUCAUGUAUCUAGAACAGGAGUUAGAAAGCCUGAAAGCUGUGUUAGAGAUCAAGAAUGAGAAACUGCAUCAACAGGACAUCAAGUUAAUGAAAAUGGAGAAACUGGUGGACAACAACACAGCAUUGGUUGACAAAUUGAAGCGAUUCCAGCAGGAGAAUGAAGAAUUAAAAGCUCGGAUGGACAAGCACAUGGCAAUUUCAAGGCAACUUUCCACGGAGCAGGCCGUUCUGCAAGAGUCGCUGGAGAAGGAGUCGAAAGUCAACAAGCGACUCUCUAUGGAAAACGAGGAGCUUCUGUGGAAACUGCACAAUGGGGACCUGUGUAGCCCCAAGAGAUCCCCCACGUCCUCCGCCAUCCCUUUGCAGUCACCAAGGAAUUCGGGCUCCUUCCCCAGCCCCAGCAUUUCACCCAGAUGACACCUCCCCAAAGUCCACAGACUCUCCGAAAGCAUUUUGAUGCAGGUCUGCAGGACUGACCCCAAGGAGGAAGGUGGGCACAAGAGGUAUAUCAGCACACGUGUGAUCACCGUAGGGUAACGAGCGUCACCACCGCCGGAAUUGCAGCUUCUGAGACUGGAACUCUGGAGGAAGACUUUUGCCUCCGUCCAAAAGAUUCCUCCAAAAAAAGAUUUAAAAAAAGAUUUCGGCAUCGACACGGACGUUGUUGCACAAAGCACUUAAAGAACGAGAGCAUCUUGUUCAUUGCCUUUUUCACCUAAGCAUAGGGGGAAAAACUCUCAGGGCCCUAUUAAGAUAAAGAUUUAUAACCUUUGUAAUGUUCUUCACCACAGACACCUUCUUGUGAGUUUUCAGUCUGACUGUGGGGGUGGGGGGUGUGAAUGAAAUAGAUGUCACAGAGUGUCAUGUGUCUGAUGCGGCCUCCUUUGCUGUGUAUUAAGUGUCAAAAUCUGAAUAUAUCUGGAUAUGUACUAAUCAAAUAAUAAUCAAUCAGCAUAUACAUUUCAGCCAAAGCCAUAGAAGAAAAAGCAAUAGUUGCUUGAAUUAUGAUCAUCUACCACCAACUCUGCUCAGCCCUGUAACAGGGUAGGGAGAGGGUAUAACAGGAAGAGCUUUGACUUGUCCCUGUCUAUACAUUCUCUGUAUCUUUUGGGGGUAACUUCUUGGCAGUUUUUCAGUGUUCAGCCAUGUCAGUUGAAACUAGAUUUUUCUGUAGAUUUUUUACUUAGCCAUGUGAGCCUAACACUAUCCUGUAAUUCAUUUUCUCAGGCUAUGUGUAAAUGUAGAACCUUAAUUUUUCUAUAAAAAAACAAACUGUAUAAAGAAAAAGGGCAGUACCAAUGGGUUUUUCCGCCUUAUUUUUACCUUUGAUCUAUCCUUGCAGAUUUAACUUGUCGUCUUCUCUCCCAUUAUUCUCAUUUUCCUUUUACCUUUCUCCACCAUCCAGAGCCGCAAAAGCAAACCUUCUACCUCCUACCUACUUUUCUCUGGGACAAGGAUAAAGGAAUAUGAUUUUCCAGAGCCCCAGAGCCAGCUCGUCUUCCAGGUGCUGAAACCACUUUCCAAAUAAACUAAAGCCUGGAUUUGAUAUUACAAAUUUUGGGAAAUCUUUUAGAAUAAAGAAAGAACGAGAAAAAGGAAGUCAUUGGCUAGUAUAAUUAAGAAAGGUAGGAUUCAGUGCUUACCGAUGAUGCAGUAUUUGAUAGAAGAAAGUCUGGGAGGAUCGCGCUCAUUUUUCAGGUACCCUUUAAGGAGUCCCUCUGUCUUUGGGAAAGUAGCAGAAUGGUCCACUUCUUUCCCAUGAGUGGAAAAUGUGGCUUGUCCAACUCUCCUCCAGGUUGCAUUUCAGUUUCUUUCCAAAACUUUUAUUACCUCCCCUAAUCCUGAGACUUUGGAAAAGGUGGAAGGAAGAACUGUUGCUUUAUCUCCCCCUCCCUGCAUGUGUCAACAUUGUGAUGUCAGUAUUUACUAAUCUACAUUCAGUGGCUGUACAAAUAACAGCUGUAGUAAGAAGAGAUUCAGGAUGCUAGAGGUGAAUAUUUGGGUCAUUUACAUGGACACUACAUAGCAAGUUGAUACUCAUGUUACAUGUUCUUUUAAAUUAGUGAUUUUGUGUCUUAAGUCUUUAACUUUCAAUACUUCAUCAUGUAUGUAACCUUCCAUGUUUGCUUCUGAUAAAUGGAAAUGUAGAUUCACUGCCACUUCAUAUCUCUGCUCACGCUUCCAAGUUGUUCUCAAUGACAUUAGCCAAAGUUGGGUUUGCCAUUCAUCCCCUAGGCACGGUAAAUCUUGUGUUGUUCCCUGCUGUCCUCCGUAUUACGUGACCGGGAAAUAAAUCUCAUAGCAGUUAAUAUAAAACAUCUUCGGAGGGUGGGAGAGAACAGGAGAGAAGAUGGGAAACAAAAUAGAGAAUUUUUAAGAUUUUGUUUAAACCAAAUGUUUCAUGUAGAAUGCAAAAUGUUGGCACGUCAAAAAUAUGAAUGUGUAGACAACUGUAGUUGUGCUCAGUUUGUAGUGAUGGGAAGUGUAUUUUACUUUGAUCAAAUAAAUAAUGCUGGAAUACUCAA